CCAAGAUUUAAUUCUUAUUUUUUUCAUGGCGGUAGUGAAGGAAUGUAUGCUUCUUUUUCCAACCUUCAUCUCAAUUCAUCCUACUCCUCUAAUAUUCAAGAUAAUAAUAAUAAUAACAAUAACAACAAAAAUGGCAAAUCCUUCAUUAGGUUUGAGUCUAUAACCUUUCGAAGACCAAAGGAGGUUGCUGCUAAACAGAACGAGAUGCAACAAAGUACUGGUUUGGUGGAGGCAAUAAUUGUUGAAGUGAAAAACCGGGAUAAGAUUGGGGGUGCUUAUUUAAACUCUAAUGCAAUAUGUUGUACGCCCGUACUUGCCAGUGAUGGUUCCUGCAAGGUUGGAGAAGUCAUCAUUCGCCAAGACCCCAAUAACCCUGGCUGGCCUAAACGGAUUCAAACCCCUUUUGAGGGAAAAAGUGAAGAAGCAAAGAUGAUGCUGCAAACCGUUGAGAUUAACAGAACGGGAAUGUAUUAUCUUUACUUUAUGUUUUGUGAUCCACAGCUAAAGGGCACAAUACUGAGUGGCAGAACCGUUUGGAGAAAUCCAGAUGGUUAUCUACCAGGAAAGAUGACACCGUUUAUGCAUUUUUAUGGAUUUAUGUCUUUAGCUUAUCUUAUUCUUGGUCUCAUAUGGUUUCUUCGGUUUGUGCAACAUUGGAAGGAUAUAAUACAGCUGCAUUACCAUAUCACAAUUGUUGUUGGUUUAGGGAUGUGUGAGAUGGCUCUUUGGUAUUUUGAGUAUGCAAAUUUCAAUGCCACGGGAAGCAGACCGAUUGGAAUUACCCUCUGGGCAGUCACAUUUAGUGCCUUUAAGAAGACGUUUUCUCGUCUUCUUCUUCUAGUUGUAUCAAUGGGUUUUGGUGUAGUGCGACCUACCUUAGGAGGUGUAACUUUGAAAGUGUUGCUUCUUGGUGUUAUUUAUUUUGCUGCUUCAGAAGCACUUGAGCUUGUUGAGAAUCUUGGAAAUAUCAAUGACUUUUCUGGGAAAGCAAGAGUUUUUCUGGUGCUACCUGUUGCUCUACUUGAUUCAUGCUUCAUUCUUUGGAUCUUCUCAUCAUUAUCUAAAACGUUGGAAAAGCUUCAGUUACGGAGAAGCAUGGGAAAACUUGAACUAUACCGAAAGUUUACUAAUGCCUUAGCUGUAUCAGUAUUGGUUUCUGUUGCUUGGAUUGGCUACGAGUUGUAUUUCAAUGCAAGUGAUCCCCUGAGUGAAUUAUGGCAACGAGCUUGGAUCAUCCAAGCUUUCUGGGCUCUGUUGGCAUAUAUACUUUUGGUUAUCAUAUGUGUUCUUUGGUCUCCCUCCCAUAAUCCUACUAGAUAUUCAUAUUCGGAGGUUGAGGACAUAGAAGAAGAAGGUAUCUCUUUGACAAGCGCUGCAGUCAAAGUGUCGGGAGAGUUGAUGGAGCGGAAGCCAGCAAUCAUAACAGAUCGUGUGUUUGAGGUUAUUGAGGAGGAUAAAAGAGAAUGAUACUACAACUAUUCUCCUGAAUUCAUUGACCUCUGGGUUGCAGAGUUAUAUUACAGCAGUUGGAUCUGGCAUACUAUCACUCGUGAUUCCGUGAAUCAACAAAGUUGGCAACAACGUUAGCAAGUGUUAACCAUUUCAUGUGGAUUGCAAGCCUUUUAUGAGACUAGCCUUUCUUUUGAAUUGUUAGCUUCCAGCUUCAAUUAUCCUUCCCCAUAUAACGGAAGAAAUCUUUAUCAGAUUAACUGAAAUCUGUGUAACAGAAUACAUAUGAUUUAUUUUGACCAACUACUUAGGUGAAAAGAAUAAGAUAAGAUUUUAUGUACUUGAAUAUUUUGACUUUUGCUUCUAUUCUUUUCUUUUUCUCAA